GGAAGAAAUCGAAUUAGACAGUAUUAGCAUCAGCAGCCAGCCUGACAGGAUUCGGUCUAAGAAAAUAGCAGAAUUAAUUUUUUUUUUUAUUGGAUUUCCUCCUCACCUCCCACUGAGCGCUGCAGGACUGUUGGUAUUUUAGCUUUUCAUCUGACCUGCCAACAUGCCAGCUGCACUUGCAGAUUCCAGUCAGAUCAUUUGUGAGGUCUGGGCAAGCAAUGUGGAAGAAGAAAUGAGGAAGAUCAGACAGAUUAUCCAAAGCUACAACUAUGUUGCCAUGGACACAGAGUUCCCUGGGGUCGUCGUGCGGCCAAUCGGAGAGUUUCGCAGCACGGUGGACUACCAGUACCAACUGCUGAGGUGCAACGUGGAUCUCCUGAAAAUCAUCCAGCUUGGACUCACCUUCAUGAAUGAGGAUGGCGAUUAUCCUCCAGGAAUUACGACGUGGCAGUUCAACUUCAAAUUCAACCUCACGGAAGAUAUGUAUUCACAGGACUCCAUAGACUUGCUGCAGAACUCUGGUCUGCAGUUCAAAAAGCAUGAAGAAGAAGGAAUCGACACGCUGUACUUCGCUGAGCUUCUCAUGACGUCGGGCCUGGUGCUAUGUGAAAACGUAAAGUGGCUCUCCUUCCACAGCGGUUACGACUUUGGCUAUCUGGUGAAGCUCCUGACAGAUGCUCGCCUCCCUGAAGAGGAGCACGACUUCUUUCAGAUCCUGAACUUGUUUUUUCCUGCAAUUUAUGACGUCAAGUACCUGAUGAAGAGCUGCAAAAGUCUCAAGGGAGGCCUGCAGGAAGUAGCAGACCAGUUGGAACUGAAGAGGAUCGGACGACAGCAUCAGGCUGGAUCUGACUCGUUGCUCACAGGGAUGGCUUUCUUCAGGAUGAAAGAGCUUUUCUUCGAAGACCACAUUGAUGACGCCAAGUACUGUGGGAGGCUGUAUGGUCUCGGCUCUGGAUCCAGCCAGCCACAGAACGGGAUCUCCGGCUCGGGACAGGAGGAGACCAACAACAAACACUGAGCGUCUGAUCGGACUCGCCUGUUUUUAAAAGCCCACCGACCAAUUUCUGCUCUCGAGUUCUUCAAAAAGACUUGUCUAAACAUAUCCGAGCGACUUUUUCUGUGGACUUGCAGCGGGAGAUCCUUCAGUGGCUGACUCGUUUCUUUCCAUGUCGCUUUUUAAACGUGUCUCAGGCCAAACAAGUCAGAUCUGUUUUUUUAAAACAUGUUUGUUUUUACAGCGUGGGACCAGCUCCUGACAUCCUGAGAUUUUAAAGACUUCUCAGUUCUGAUUCACCUCAGACAGAUCCUGCCCA